AUGGGAAAGCCAUGUACAAUUGAUAGAUUUUUUAAAAGAAAAAAUGCAAGUUCCUCAGAAGUCAAUGCUGACAAUACAUCAUUGCCAACUUCCGAUGUUGAUAUCCCUGAAAAUCCUCCCAUAAAAUCUCAAAAGAUUGAUGUUAAAGAAAUUGAUAUUGGUUCAUUGGAGCAAGAUCCUGGAUUACGUAUACAGAUUUGGGAUUAUCAUGUUAAUCAACGUGAUGAAAUUCGACGAGCUUAUAUUAAGGCUGGUUGUGCUUUUAGAGGUCAUGAUGAAAGGCCAAAUUCAAUCAAUCGUGGAAAUUUUCUUCAAAUAGUGAAAUUGUUGGGAUCAUAUAAUGAUAAUGUUGCUAAAGUAUUGGAUAAAGCUCCGAAAAAUGCCUCUUACACAUCACCAAAAAUUCAAAAAGAAAUUUUACAUAUUUUUUCAACCAAAGUGAAGAAUGCAAUUCGUGAAGAAAUUGGUGAUGCGAAGUAUUGCAUAAUUGUUGAUGAAGCUCGUGAUGAGUCAAAAAAGGAGCAAAUGGCUAUAGUUUUGAGAUUCGUUGACAAAGAUGGUUUUGUGAGAGAGUGUUUUUUUGGGCUUAUUCAUGUCUCUAACACUGCUGCAUCAACCCUAAAAGAUGGAAUAUAUUCUGUAUUGUCUCAUCACAAUUUAGAUAUUCAAAAUAUUCGAGGACAAGGAUACGAUGGUGCAAGCAAUAUGCGAGGUGAGUGGAAAGGAUUACAAGCCUUAGUUUUGAAUGAUUGUCCAUAUGCUUAUUAUAUUCAUUGUUUUGCACAUCGUUUGCAGUUGGCUUUAGUGGCAGCAUCGAAAGAUGUUAUCCCAAUUCAUAAAUUUUUUCUUAAAUUGACUUUUGUUGUCAAUAUUGUUGGUGCCUCAUGCAAGCGCAAUGAUGAAUUGAAAGUUGCGCAAGCUGCUGAAAUUGAACAUAUGAUUGACAUUGAUGAGCUCGAGACUGGAAAGGGACUUAACCAGAUUGGCACUUUACAACGAGCUGGAGAUACUCGUUGGAGUUCUCACUUCAAGUCAGUUUCAAGCUUAAUAAAAAUAUUCAGUCUAACAUGUGAAGUUCUUCUUAACAUCAUUAAUGAAGGAAUGACUUCUGCCCAACAAGGAGAUGCAGACUCAGCUUAUGAAACAUUGACUUCAUUUGAAUUUGUCUUUAUUUUACAUCUCAUGAAAAAAAUGUUGGAGAUCACUGAUUUACUUUGUCAAGCUUUGCAAUGCUGA